AUGAGUUACAAACUUUUGCCUCCAACAAGGUAUAAAGAAAUACAGGUUACACAAUCAAAAAUACGCAAAGACGAUUUAAGUGAAAUUUAUAGUACUCUGAGACGAUCAGUAUACAUAGCCGCGAAAGGACACGACAAUAGCUUACCAGGUCUGGUGUUGGCAGUAAUUGGUGACUCGGAGAGUUAUGUUCCAAAACCAUGGAAUACAACAGCCUUUACAUCUGGACUUUUGCAGUCUAUUCAAGGAGUCAAAAAGAGUUGGGUAAUUUAUCGUGGUAAUAAAGAUGGUGUUAGCGCACUGAUACAUAAUGCAUUUAGGGAAACUGCAGACACCAAAUUGGCAACUACUCAACAAAAUGCAUUAAAUUCGAAGAUCAAAGGAAACACAUUAAUUGCAAUUCGACCAUGGACAAAAAUGGAUCAGGAAGGAAACAACAAAGUCAAUGAACCUGAUUUGAUUCUCUCUAUCAGACCAGUCUUCACAGAUGUUCAGAAAGAAAGGAAAUACAGAUGGUUCAACCGGUACUUGUCCCAUUUUUUGAAGAAUCUUUCAGAAGAGUAUACUCCAUUAUUAUCAAAGGAGAAGGAACAAGAGGGAGAACUAGCUUUGAUUAAUAUGAGAGUUCCGGUUUUGAUGAUUGCGGUUGAAGGUGAUAUAAGUACUAUCCACCAGAUUAAAUCAGCUCUAAGACGAAAUGUUCCAGUUUUAUUGACGAAAGGUUCAGGAAAGGCAGUAGACGUCAUCGUCGAUUACUUGGAAGAGUCAAGACCACUUGAGAAAGAAAAAGUACUGAAAGAAAAUGCUCCUCUGCUAUUAGGUAUUUAUAUGCGUUCCGAAGAGUACACAAAGUUAAAGAGAAGACUGAAAAUCAUACAGAAACACAGUCACAUUAUUACAAUUUUUGAUUUAAACAACAACAAAAAUUACAAGCUUGAAGAUUUUGUAGUGAAAGCUAUCAUCAAAGGAUGGUCAUUAAAGGAGAUAAAAAAUUCAUCUGCAAAUCCUAAUGACAAAAAGAAAAUUUCAGUUGUAAUGAACAACGUUGAAAUAGAACGUGCUGCUGGUUGUCUGAUGGAACACUUUCAUGUAGCACCUGGCUCAUUGUCACUUUAUUUCUACAUUGCAUACCAGUACAUUCUAGAAAGCUGUGAAAUAGAAAACAAGGAAAAGGAAUUAGAAUUAUUCUUGUUGGAGGCAAUCAUUGCCAAUAGAGUAGACUAUGUAUCCACACUUAUUCAACAUGGGGUAACAUUUGAUCGGAAUUAUAUGUGCCGACUGUUUGAUGAGACUUUGAAAUGUGACGGAUGUGACGCAAAAGACUGCAGGAGGAUUCAUGCUAUACAUUUCGUAAGAUAUCAAACUAUCGAAUACAGAUUAGAUUUGUUCAAUUCAUGA